CGUGCGGGCCAAUCAGAGGCGACUUUUCUGGUUUUAACGUUCGCAGGGCUAGAUUUGAAAUCGAAGCAGUAGUCAGUGAAGCUAUUCGAGAGGGUGAGACGGGGUUUGUUGUAAGCGGACUGAUUUCUACAGGAUAGUAAUAUACUAGUCGCAAAUUGUAUAUCUUUAUCGGCUUUAAAUGACCACAAACUGUAUUUGCUUAUGAGGCGAGAUCGAGCACGAAGAGCUACAGUUAAGCGAAGUUUUGAUUUAAAUUAAGAACAGUCGGGAAAAACCUGAAGGAAGUCGUGUGUUAAAUAGGAUUAUAGUUUUUAACUUUUUUUGUCGUUGUAUUAAUAUAAAUAUAGAUCUAGGACAAUUUACAGGAAGCUUAUCUUUUUUUAAAAUACAAAAUGACUACCGUUGCUGGGAAGCCAUUGAAACAAGCGGUCCCAGUCGAUCCUUUAAAAUCGGCACCUCUCAAAGAAAUCCCAGAUAUUCUAGUGGACCCCAGAACCAAGAAGAGAUACUUGAGAGGCAGGUUUCUGGGGAAAGGCGGGUUUGCAAAAUGUUAUGAAAUUACAGAUAUGGACACUAAGGAAGUUUUCGCAGGGAAAGUGGUGCCCAAAUCUAUGCUGCUGAAGCCUCAUCAAAAGGAGAAAAUGUCUAUGGAAAUCACCAUUCACAGAAGUUUGAGCCACGCUAAUGUAGUUGGCUUUAAAUGUUUUUUUGAGGAUGAUGAUUUCGUCUAUGUUGUCUUGGAAAUUUGCAGGAGAAGGUCCCUGCUGGAAUUGCACAAACGAAGAAAAGCUGUGACGGAGCCCGAAGCUCGUUACUACAUGAGACAGACCAUUACAGGAUGCCUCUAUCUCCACAACAACAGGGUGAUUCACAGAGACCUCAAGCUGGGCAACCUCUUCCUCAAUGAUGACAUGGAGGUCAAAAUAGGUGAUUUUGGUCUGGCCACCAAGAUAGAAUAUGAUGGGGAACGAAAGAAGACUCUGUGCGGGACACCAAACUACAUCGCACCCGAGGUACUGUGCAAAAAAGGCCACAGCUUCGAAGUGGACAUCUGGUCGCUCGGCUGCAUCCUGUACACCUUGUUGGUAGGGAAGCCUCCUUUUGAAACAUCAUGCCUUAAAGAGACGUACAUCAGAAUUAAGAAGAAUGACUAUACAGUUCCUAGACACAUCAACCCAGUGGCAGCUGCUCUGAUGAAGAAGAUGCUACGGGCUGACCCUACGACCCGCCCCACGAUUGCAGAGCUGCUCACUGAUGAGUUCUUCACUGCUGGCUACAUCCCCCAGCACCUCCCCACCACCUGCCUGACUGUAGCACCCCGCUUCUCUAUCGCACCCAGCAGCAUCGACGCCAGCUUGAGGAAACCCCUCACAGCGCUCAACAAAGCCUCAGAAAGUCCUGUUGAUAAAAUGACAAAGCAGGAAGAGAAGGAGGACAUACAGUGCAGGGAAGUGGGUGAGGCUAGUGAAAGCCACUUGCAAGACAUGCUCCAGCAGCUCACCAGUGUUAAUGCAGCCAAACCAUCUGAAAGGGCCCUGAUCCAACAAGAGGAAGCCGAAGACCCUGCCUGUAUUCCUAUCUUCUGGAUCAGCAAGUGGGUGGACUAUUCUGACAAAUAUGGUUUGGGUUACCAGCUGUGUGACAACAGCGUUGGUGUUCUCUUCAAUGACUCGACACGGCUGAUCAUGUACAAUGACGGAGACAGCCUGCAGUACAUCGAGAGAAACAACUCUGAGUCCUACCUGAGUGUGCGCUCCUACCCCUCUGCACUGACCAAGAAAAUCACUUUGCUGAAGUAUUUCAGGAACUACAUGAGUGAGCACCUGCUCAAGGCAGGGGCGAACAUCACUCCCCGUGACGGUGACGAGCUGGCACGCCUGCCUUUUCUGCGAUACUGGUUCAGGACAAAGAGCGCCAUCGUGCUGCACCUCAGCAACGGCACUGUGCAAAUCAACUUCUUCCAGGACCACACUAAGGUCAUCCUGUGUCCACUUAUGACAGCGGUCACCUUUAUUGACGAGAAGAGGGAGUUCCGCACCUACAAGCUGAGCUUGAUCGAGGAGUACGGCUGUUGUAAGGAGCUUGCCAGUCGGCUGCGCUAUGCACGCACCAUGGUGGAGAAACUGCUGGCACCCAAGUCUGCUGCAGCGCGGAAGAACUCUGCAGGCACAGAGCGCACCUGAGCAGGGCGACCAGCCAAGCGAACUCUGCAUUCUAACUUAACGAGUCAUGUAAAUACGUCUUAUUUUAAUGUCUGUGGUGUGUGGCUUUUUUUUUUUUAAAUGAACACUUGGUAUCUUACUGUCGGUGGAGUGCGUAUUCCCUGUUCAAAGCAUUGUGUUGAACCUGUUUUAAUAAGGAAUAAUUAUUGUUUUUCACUGUACUAACUGGUGCUGGUGUUUUACCACAAUGCCUCUUGUUCAAUCUAGAUCCAGGCUGUGUAUGAAAUGCUUAUCCCAAGACGGUAGGGAAAGUGUUUCUUAUCAUGUAAGCUGUUGGUGUCUGUCAUACUAUUGCUCAGUCUUCUUUGUUCUGUAUUCUCUAACUGUUUUGCUUCCAUUUGCUUAUACUGUACUUUUCUGUACAAAAUGUUUUAAAUUUCCCAUCGCUCAGAUGCAAGUAUAUUGGCUGUUAAAUUGUUUAAUUUCAUUUGAUAUAUUAAGUGAAUAAAGAUUAUCUUUUUAAA